CAGUAUAUUCUUAGUACAGGAGCAAAAAUGGUGAAGGCAUUCAAUCAGAAGGAGAGCAAGCGUAUGACGUGUCACAAGAAGUACAAGAUCAGAAAGAAGGUCCGUGAACACAACAAGAAGCUUGCUAAAACUAUGAAGAACACCAACAAAAAGAAGAAGACCAUUGAUGGAAGCAUUCCUAAUCUUGCCCCAUUUAAGGAAGAACUGCUUCUUGAAGCUUUGAAUCAGACUGAAGCUAAAAAUGAGCUGAAAAAGCAGAGAAAGAAAAAACCCCUAAUUGUUGUGCAAAAGCCUAAAGUUCAGACUACUCCAGUUGCAGCAGCAAAAUCAGUCUCUGCUCAUGUGACGAUCUCUCAGUGUGACAUCAUUGUUUGGGUGAUUGAUAUUCGCAGCCCUAUGGAAUGCUUCUGUGACAAAACCUUUUCAGAACUCUCAAGUGCUGACAAAUCAGUUGUUUUUGUUUUAAAUAAAGUUGAUCUUGUGCCAAAGUCUGUUGCUCAUCAAUGGUACUCAGUUUACAGCAAGAAAGCUCCUACAUUUGUGUUAAAAAGCACAGAAAUCAUGCUUACAGAGUGUGAGCAGAUAAUAUCAGCUUAUAAAGCAACUCUCGCCAGGUUUGGUGGGGCAAAACCAUUCCUGUCACACCUCAAACAGAUUCCUUCUACAGAAGAACUGAAGAUUGGUAUUAUUGGGGGUCCUCAAGUUGGGAAAUCUUCCGUUGUCAGCACAAUUCUGAAGCAAUGCGGUAGAACAAAAGCUAAGAGAAGCACCAUGACAAAGCUCAGUGACAAUCUCAAACUGGUCACUAUGCCAGGUUUAAUAGAGAUGGAGUACAAAGGGCUGCUAAACGUGCUACACAAUAUACACAACUUUAUGAACUACCCCACUGAAGUAAUGAUGGCUCUAGCACAGUGUAUCAGUAAACAAGAUGCCAUGUUCCAUUUCACUCUACCUGAUUACAGCCAUCCCGAGGGUUUGACAGAUGCUCUUGCAGUGAGGUUCAAUCUGUACUGCAAAAAAGAGACUGACCACGAAGCAGUGGGACGACUGGUUCUUAAAAGGUUCCGAGAUAAGAAAAUAAAGUUCUACGUUGUGUGUGAAAAUGGGAUUGCUGGCGGAGUAAUUCCCGAGGAACAGAUUCAGGAUGUUCACAGAUUGAUGUUCGACGGUGACGCACUCAGACUUAACUCUUCUGAGCUAAACAUAGAGAUAACGAAGACAGAGAAGAAGAAGAAGUUUAAUGAUAUGGAUAUUGAUGAGGGUAUAGAAGAGGAAGAUGAGGAAGAAGAUGGAGAUGAAAGUGAGCUUGAUGACGAGGAAGAAAUGUGUUAACUGUUAUAUUGUUAUGUUGAAAAGGGCCUUCAAGAAUUUUAAUAUUCAAGCCGUACGCAG